AUUGGCUGUUCUUGACGUGACGUCAUGUCCGGUCAAUGCGGGCCAAUGGCGGCACAGGAAGCGAGCACAGACAGAGUCGUGUGUGUGUAAUGAAUACGUUCUCAUUCAUAUUGAAUUGUUUGAAUUCGCAUUUACCUGUUGCAGGGAUAAUCGCCAUCCUGCACCCAGGAUAAUAGCGACUCGGCACCGACGCAGAAACAGCGGUUACGCGUCGUUAUGUACCGCGGUUCUAGGCCGCACAGAGGCGGCUAUCAUCCCCCGCCGUCGCGUGGCUUCGGUUCCCGUCCUGGACCAGGCCAUCCCCCGGAUCCGUACCGCCGGCCGUCCCCGCGGAGAAGAUACUCACCAGCCGAUGAAUACCGAGGAGGGAGACCUCCGCGAAGCUACGGGAGGUACAGCCCAUCACCUCCUUGUGGUGGGCUCCCUGUUGAUCACAGUCUGGUCAUAACUGUGGGCAACGAGCUGACCCAUCCAGGCGAAACGCCCUAUGUCCGAGAUUAUGCUGCUGGGGAAUCACAGUAUAAUAAGCCCCAUUACUCUCCACGGAAGUCGAGCUAUGAUGGACACAGCGAUAGAGGUUCGAGGAGGCGCAGUGUUAGUCGCGGCAGGAGCAGGGCGCGGAGUCGCAGUCCUGGCUACGGGCGCAGCAAAAGUCGCCCACGCAGCCGCAGCAGGAGUCGGAGCUACAGUCGUGGCAGGAGUCCUGAACGGGCGAAGAGCCGAGCACGUAGCAAGAGCAGAACCCGUGGGAGGAGCUACAGUAGAAGUCGAAGCAGAAGCGGAAGCCGUAGUCGCAGACAGAGUAGGGCCAGGAGCAGGGCACGGAGCAAGAGCCGGCCACGGAGCCGCAGUCGCGAAAGGAGCCGUAGCAGGGGGAGAAGCAGAGGACGGAGUCGUGCUAGGAGCUGGAGCCGCAGUGCUAGUCGUAGUGGUAGCAGAAGCAGCAGCGGCUCCAGUAGGAGUCGCCGCAGCAGCGUCAAUAGGAGAGCCAAAUCAGGUGAUUUUAGGGUUAGGGAGGAGGACUUUACUGAGCUGGAGAAGGCCAGACGACGUAAAGAAAUCCAGGAUAUGCUUGUACAGCCUGCAAAGUCAAUUUUGAAGAAAAGAAUGGAUUCCUCCGAGACAGAUUCUCCCAUGCUAGUGCAGAAUAGCGAUUCCCCUCGAGGAAAUCCAGAUGGUGGUCUUUCACAUGAGGCUGAACAACUUCUCUGUGCACUUUCCAAAACCAUGGAUCCAGACUUAUUAGCAUCCAUGCUGGGUAAAAGCUCUGAUAGUGGUGUUCUCGAAGAGCUGAUUGGUAAGAUCCAACCAGCUAGAGAGGGUGGAAGUGACAUGCUCCUCCCUCAAGAGAAGGGAAGACAAGAGAAAUCAGACCUCACACAGUUCCUUGGAAUGAUAGCUGAGGUCACCAAACCACAGAAUGUAAAAAGGAGUCAUCCAGAUAUUGAAGAUGAGGAGAAGUUCCUCUAUGGGGACGAAGAAGAAGAGGGCAAUGAGGUGAAACCAGCAAAUUCCAACUUUCCAGGCACAAGUUACCCACAGACUUGUGAGAUGCAGAUAAGAGAACCUUACACAUUUGGCCAUACUGGAGAAAAUGUGAUGAGCCUUUCGCAUAGAGACAGUAGGCAGACAGACAGGCAUCAUCCCUCGGCCACACCUGAGGUACAUGCCAAGGAAGGACCUAAUGACUUCCCACCUGGCGUUGGGCCACAGGACAUCAAGGUGAGGAAGGAGGUAGAGGAAUAUGAGAAGAUACAAGACUUGCUGAAAACAAUUGGCUUGGACCUGGGUGUGGCUGAGAUAAGCAAGAUGGCCGCUAGGACGCAAGCGCGCCUGCACGGUAACACCCCUGCGAAGACACCAACUCGUCGGCAUUCGGAUAGAAAGCACCGGAGCCGUAGCAGGAGCUACAGCAGCAGUAGCAGCAGGAGCUCCAGUCGGAGUCGGAGUAGCAGCCGAAGUAGAAGCAGAAGUCGUCGAAGCCGAAGUGGCAGUUUAGAUCACACUUCAAGUCGCAGCAAGAAAAAAACGGUUUCCCCAGAAAAAACAUCUCCACGCUUACAUAGUCAGAACAAGAAAGAUGCUCAACCUGCCAUUGCUCAAGCAGAAAGCAGCUGGCCUACCACACCCACUGUCGGUCCUGGGACUCAGGCGUAUCCCUCCCAACCCAGCCUCCCGGCACAUCCCAUGCCCCCAUACCCCGGGCCACCCCCACGUGGGGUAAUGCCACCUGACUACCCACCACGAGGUUACGAUCACUAUGGCAAUUAUGUUCCAUAUAUGCCUCCGGGAUGGCCGAUGUACCCACCUCCAGGUAUGCCGGUACCACCUCCUCCCAGUCCAAUGGAUCCCUACAGCCUCCCUAACAUUGAGCGACCCUUUCUUAAAGUCAUCAAAACUGUGCCGAAUGAGAGUAAAGGCGACGAUCUAAAAGCACCCCCUAAAUCGGAUCCUGUGGCCUCUAAAGCAAUCACCAGUGGCAUUCAGAGAAAAGAAAUGGAAGAUAAGAAUACUGCUAGCCAAAAACAAAAGGUCAUGGAAGAGCUUGAAAAGCUAAAAAAGGAGAAAGAAGUGCGACACAAGAGGAAAGAAAAUCUCUUAAAGGAUGUGGAGACAUUGAGAAAGCAGCAAGGGGAGCUUCUUCGAAAGAAGCGAAGGGAGAAGGAUGGGCACAAGGACCCUGUCCUCAUCGACCUUGGUCAGCUCCAAGAAGAUGCAAUGGCCCAAAUCUCUAAAUUGCGUGCUGAACAGAGAGAGGCAGAUCAAAAACAUGAAGAGCUGGUCAAAGUGGCUCUUAUUCUCGGUAUAGACUACAAAGACUCAAAGAUAUCUGGGGACCAUGGGCAGCAGCCCCUUCAAAGUAAGAAGGAGUCUGCCAGAAGCCCAGAGAAAUCAGGGGCCAAAACCAGCACCUCAUACAAUAAGGUAGCCUCCUCAAAAUCAAGAGCGUCUCCUGAAAAACCCAAGUCGCCUCUUCCGUCGAGCAGCCAUUCCCUGGACACUGCUGCCGAGCAGUUCGAGUACUACGAUGCAGGAAAUCACUGGUGUAAAAACUGCAAUGUUACCAGUGGUUCAAUGUUUGAUUAUUUCAUGCAUUUGCACAGCAAAACCCAUAGGAAGACUCUAGAUCCUUAUGACAGACCUUGGGCAAAAUCAGAGAGUGAAAAGAAACCCCCAGCUGGAAAGAGGACUUCAAAGCCAGCCAAAGGCUCUGAGUUCUUGAUCCCUGUAAGGGGAUUCUUCUGCCACUUAUGUGAAGAGUUUUUUGGUGAUCCCAUUUGUGCUGAGGCCCAUGUCACCUGCCAUGCUCACAAUGAGAAAUACAAGGCAAAAAUGUAUGAAAAUCCCCUCUAUGAACAAAGGAGGAACCUGGACCGUCAAGCUGGCUUGGAGAGCCAAAAGAGUUCAGAGCACAAACGAAAACGUGAAGAUGACGAACAGGAUGAUAUGAAGAAAUCCAAACACGGCAAAGGAAAAAUGUCAAGUAAUGAAGUGGAGACAAAACCACAGUACAGCAAGGAAGAGGAGUAUAAGAAUAUCAAAGACAGCGAGAAUAAACUCAAGGAGAAAUACAAGAAAGAGGAUAUAGAUAAACAGAAAUACAAGAAGGAGGAUGAUGAGAGAGCCAAAAUAAAAAAGGAAGAGGAUGAGAGAGCUAGGUACAAAAAAGAUGAUGAUGAGCGAAGCCGCUUCAGAAAAGAAGAGGAAUACACAUAUAGGUACAGGAAGGAGGAAGGGGAGAGAUCCAGGUAUGAAGAGGACAGAUUUAGAAACAGAGAUGAUGAUGAUGAACACUAUCGAUAUAGAGAAGAGGACGACAGAUACAGAUUUAGAAAGGAUGAUGACAGAGGCCGAUAUGGUAGAGAAGAGGAGAAGCCCAAGUAUGGCAGAGAAGAUGAUAAGAAGUACAAAUACACUCGGGAGGUCGAAGAGAAGAAGUCAAAAUACAAAGAUGAGGACUGGGGGAAGUGGCCGAAAUCAAAGUGGGACGAGGACCAAGACAGUAACGGAAAGAAUGAAAAAAAGGAAGAUAAAGCUCAGCACCAGAAGGGCAAGGCUGGUUAUUCCAAAGAUGACAAGGAGAGCACAGGAAAGUUCAGUGCUAAAGAUGGCAAAUCAGAAUCAGAGAAACCCAUCGAGCCUCCUAAAAUAUUAUGUGGCCCAAGUCCCGCCUUGCUUGCUAAACUUCGCAAGAAGAACGAGGAAGUUGCUGGUCGGCCUGGCUUUGGAAAGUUUGGUCUGAAAAAGCAACAGAAGACUGCUCUGGAGAAAGAGGCAGAGAGGAUGGCAGCACAAUUCUUGAAGGAAGAGGAAGAGAGUAUGCCUUCUGAAAUGGCAGAAAACAAGGAUGCUGAGCUAGAUCCUUUUUCCAAGUCUAUAGCUGCGGCAAAAUCCAUUGCUAUCAAAUUGACAGGAAAGGCUUUGCUGCCCCCCUCAGGUGAAUGGCUAGCAUACAACGAAAAUAAAACUAAUCCUAAUUUACCUCCUCCCACAUCUCCCAUGGUUAUUAGGAAGUCUUACACAGGUGUGCAAAAUAAACCAACACCAUCUGCUGACAAAUCUCCUGCACCUGUAACAGGAACUCAGAAGGGCCCAACAUUGUCAGCAGACCUCAUCUCUAAGGCAUUUAGUGGAGAAGAGGUGCAAUUAAAGCAAACAAAGGACACCCCUGCAAACCCUGUAGAUAUCUUCAGCAUACCCGUACCUGUUCAGUCUCCCACUGCAGCGCCAAAAAUUGUAAAUUCCAGCCAGAUGAAACCUGUUACUCCCAGUCAAUGUGUUAUUACUCUCGAGUCUGAUGUGGCUGCUCCUGGAGUGCCUGAGGAGGAGCAGAAGCUCACCGUAAUCCUUCGUCCUCCUCCUCAGCUUUCUUCUAAUGCCAGAGACCCACCCCCCAAAACUGUAAAGCCAAAGACAACUCUUGCAGCAGGAAAAGCAAAAGAUUUGUUUGACAUUUUCUACAGCGGCAGUGCCGCAGUUAAAACCUCUGUCGGUGGCUGUGUUGGUGACAAACAUAACUUUGGAUUUGCUCCUCAAGACAGUGGCUCAACCUGCAGAGAGUCCAACAAUAAAGACAAAAAUGCUAGGGAUGUUUGCCAGAGCAAAGAACCUCUCAAGAUCAACGACUCAAAAGUUCCCCUGAGAGAUGAACCUCUCAAGAAUGAGGAGUCAGGAGUUACCCAAAAAGAACUCCCUAAGAACGAGGACUCAACAGUUACCUUGAGAGAAGAACCUCUCAAGAAUGAGGAGCCGGUAGUUGCCCAAAAAGAAGUCCCCAAGAAUGAGGACUCAAAUCUUGCCCAGAGAGAAGAAUCUCCCAAGAACAAAGACUCAGAGGUUGCCCAGAGCGAAGAACCCCCCAAGAAUGAGGACUCGGAUCUUGCCCAAAGAGAAGAAUCUCCCAAGAACGCAGACUCAGAAUUUGCCCAGACAGAAGAAUCUCCCAAAAACGAAGACUCCGAGGUUGCCCAGACAGAAGAACCCCCCAAGAAUGAGGACUCAAAUAUUUCCCAGAGAGAAGAAUCUCCCAAGAUCGAAGACUCAGAAGUUGCCCAGAGUGAAGAACCCCCCAAGAAUGAGGACUCAAAUCUUGCCCAGAGAGAAGAAUCUCCCAAAAACGAAGACUCAGAGGUUGCCCAGACAGAAGAACCCCCCAGGAAUGAGGAGUUGAAUGUUGCCCAGAGAGAGGAAUCUCCCAAGAACAAGGACUCAGAAUUUGAACAAUCCUUUGAGGAUGCCAUCUUGAAACCUGACCUUCCAAAUGAAGAUAAUGCAAAAGAGGAAGAUUUUGAUGACCAACAAGUUCUUAAAUCUGUUGAAAUCUCUGUGGGAGAUAUAACUGCGAUGGAAGUAGAUAGUCAGGACACAAUGCAGACAAAUAAUGAAGAGGAAAACCCUCUGGAACCUGAGGAACCCAUGGCAUUCUCUCCCCUUCCUGGUUCUUUCACUGAGCAAAUAAACUUGGAUACAUUUGAAUUCAAUUUUGAGACUUUGUAAAGGACCUUCAAAGAGUAGGUUUAGGGAUGUACAUGAUACCUCUGAAUGUAAAUAAGUGAUUUUGAAGUAUUCUUUGUAUUUGCUUUAUCCAGUUAGAAUGUUUCAUGUCUAUUCUUAACCUUUUGGCAGGUAAUGCCAGUGAAAACGUGGACUGAAAAGCAUUCAUUCUGAAGUGGUUGCUGGGGAAGGAAUCCCUCUAAGAAAAUGAAAACUUUCAUCAAGUAACGAACCCUUAGUAUGUGUAAAAGUUUUGCUAUCUUGUCAAAAGCACCUGGUGUUGAGCUACUUGUUUCCUUAUUUUGUUUCCAGCAGAAACCAUUCCUUUUCCCAAAGGUAAUGUAAAACAUAUAAUGAAUAUGAUGUGUAUCAAACAUUUAAGUCUGUAAAGCCAUUUGCUCUGUUCGUUCCAUUUAAAUAAAUUAAGAUAUUUUAAUGCAGGAGCCAGAAAGAUCCAGGCUCAGAGAAGAGAAAUGGUGUGGAGUUCAUGCUUCAAGGACAUAUGCGUUCACAACUCUGGCCAGAAAAUGUCAGGCUUGGCCUCCGUAGUUUUUAUUACACUGUACUCUGUAUUGAUGGCUUUUCUUUCCAGUUUCAGUUUUUUUAAGGAAUUAAUGUGUUAUAAUGUUCACAUUGCUACCAUGCUACUUCAGCAUCUACAGAUAGUUGGUGUAAUUGCACAUGUUCUGUGCUAGCUCAAAUAAAUCACAGCAACCCUUUC